AAACAAUACGGAAUGAACAAAAAGUGUAUGGUUUGACAAAGGACAUAGUUUCUUAAGAGCUUUACUCAGAAUAAAAUGACCUCUCAAAUCGAUUGUUCAAUUGAAUUUUUGACAUAGCUGUUGUAUUUUUUUUGUCGUUUGAAUAUACAUAGUUGUUUUGUGUGCAGUAACAGCAAAAUUCAUGGAAAUACUUACAGUGGAGCAAACUUGCAAACGACAUAUGCGGUGGAUCUCGAGGGAGAACGAUUGUGGUUAUCAGGCUUGGCUACGGCCAAUAGCUCCAUGCCCUUUCCAUGAAUACGCAUUGACAGCUGCGCAUUGCUGAGGACGAUAGUCUAGUUUCCUGCGGCGACAUCGGCUUGACAGUGCUGACCGUCUCUUCACUCCGCACAUGCUUCAACGGGAUACAAUGUAUUGGCCGGUUUUACAAUAACACCGUGCGUAACAACUGCUCCUGACGGUGUCUUUUUCCGGAGCUGGUGUUAAACGUCAAAGUUAUGUUUAAUUUGAUGAAGUCGGGCGAAGCUGGAGACUAUUAAACAUCAUUUACUUGUAUUUAAGACUGCAGCUAUUUGUUAUGAUGGGUAGUAUUUCGGUACCUUUAAAUGUGGAUUAAGCUAUGGCAUAAACAAUCGCAAAUGAAUUUUGUAAUAUUCUCAUGUAUGAUAUACGACUUAUAAGAAAAGAGACAAACGUAAUUUAGAAUAACAUCACUUUUGUCGGAUAAUGUAUUUUCCAGUAAAAUAACUUUAAGUAAACAAGAUGGAUUCGAGGGACUAUCGGUUUGGACAGGAAAAUUAUUCCGAGAUAUCAAACAAAAGUGCAGAGAAUUUGUUGGCGUUUCAGCCACUGGGUUUGGAGUACCUGCUCGUGACAGUCAUGGUGACGCUCCUGGCCGCCGUCGGCAUAUCGGGCAACAUUCCGGUUCUCAUCAUUUAUUUCCGUAGGAAGGAAAGGAAGGCAAGCAACACUUUCAUUAAAGUGUUAGCGUUCUUAGACUUGUUGGUGUGUAUAUUUGUGAUGCCUUAUACAAUUGUGUACGAGUACCAUUUGGUGACCUCCGAUAUCGUCUGCAGAGCAUUUGAAGUUGUACGACAUUUUUCAGUCCUCGCUUCUAACGUCACACUUGUGGCCAUUGCGUCGGAACGCUACAUCGCGGUGUGUCGCAUUGGAACACGUCUAAGCGUCAGUACCAUAAACCAUGGCGUGUUUUGUAUCAUGGUUGUAAGCUUGUUGAUUUCAUGCCCAGCUAUCGGCGUGUUUGCGGUCGUCAGUGAUCAGGAUGUUCAAGACGUACCCUGUCAUUUCCCCCACGACCAAACCGCCGUCAAGUUCUGUCACUUUACUUUCUCCGUAAUGGGCGAAACGUUAGUCAAAUUGUACCAGGUCGUCCAGAUGGGAUUAUUCUUCUUAGAACUUAUUCUAAUUGUGGUUCUCUACACGAUAAUAUAUGUGGUAUUAUGGCAGAAAACUGUUGUAAGAGAAAAUCUUACGAAACGCCGAACUAGUUCCACGACGGUAGAACGUCAAAGUUCAACAUGUGGCGCGACUAAUGAUGUGGAAAAGACCCAGACAAAUAUAGAAGACGACAGCUUCUCGUGCACACCGGACGCAAACGAUGACUUGUUUGUUGAUAGAUCGAUUGAGGUUCAAUUACAAGAAACUAAGUUACAUGAUGAAACGCUGAAUCAGGAUACUCAGGAGUCUGAAAAACGUGUUGCUCAAUCUAUUAAAGCCGAUGACAUGCAUUACUCGCAGUGUCACAAUAUUCCAGAAAUAAAUGAUCAGAACAAAGAUAUAACCGAUGAAUCAGACGAAGAACCUUCUAUUGACAACAAAUUGGACACCAAACGAGCGGACCAAAGAGUAACAUUCCAGAACAAUGUCAACAUUGUUAAAACAGACACACAAGUUACGUUACUGUCAAAUGGUAUAUGUACCUCGCCUGCAAACAGGAAAUCAAAAUUGACAUUUACGUUUGGAACCAUUGAAAAAAAUAGAAAGAAGCGUUAUUACCACCGACGAACAGCCAAAAUGCUAUUCCUGUGCACCGUUAUAUAUUUCAUUACCUGGAUGCCAUUUUGGUUAGAUAUAUUUGGAAUGACUAAUUCACUUAUUCUUCGGCAUCUUUUUCUUAUCGGACAUGCUACGAACCCCAUUAUUUAUGGGGUGGUGAACAAGCAAGUUAGAAAAUCUCUGAAGCGGUUGUUUAUUAGUUUUUGUAGAAGAUGGUGUUUUAAAACCCCGCCGAGUGCUCAAGGCGAGUAUUCCUUUAAUGGCUCGAUAUCAGGAAUAAGUAGAUGAUGUGACAUAAUACCCCUGGGAGACAUUUGCUGCGUGUUCAUUAAGUAAAGCCAUCAGUUUCAUUAAAAUUAGUGGAUUCUUAAACAUUUAUUUUAAUUGCUAUAGGACUAACAAUGCGUACAUCAUUUGUAUUACAAUGUUUAACGCCGUAUAGGGACAAGCGACGGCAACAAUAAGAGACCCAACAAUACACAACUUGUGCAAAAAGAAAUAUGAAAUAAAUAAAUGUAAUAAAAUCGCCCACUGGCAGAACAGACGCGUAAUGCCCAAACAUUUAUUUGGAUUCAAUAAAUAUCUGUUAAUUAUCUACUGGUAGACUUUAUCAUAUGCCUAAAACCUCAAUCAGACAAACAUAGAUAUAGUAUAUUUCGUUCUAUUCAAGAAAUUAGAGAAAAACAGUAAUAGAACCAUUUUAAUGUUGAGGCUGUUUUUAUUUUGGAUUACAUCUUAUUAUAUGACUUUGCUGCUAUAGUAAAAAACAGUAUCUAGAACAUUGCAUUGUCGACCUUUAAACUAAAGGGGGCACUCUAGUUUUGCUGAGCGAGGUCCAUCAGUGUUUCAUACUCUGUAUUUUAAGAACCAGAAACUUCAAAUAUGCUCAUAUGAAUGUGUUUGUAAAAUAACUCACAUCUUCAAGAAUAGUUGUCUUGUUGCAAGUGUAUAAAUCAAAGUCAACAACAAGUAACAUAUGCAUUAUUAAGCUACAUUGUUAAAGCAGAUUAGGGCUGAAUCAAAUAUUUGCUUAAAAGGAUUUGACAAGUGUUGGUAUAUCUUGUUCUUAAAAAGUGCGAUUUAAAACUAAAGAGCUGUUAGAAUUUUAUGUUACGCUUAAAAUAUGUUGAUAAAUCAAAAUAUAGAUAUAAAAGAACGUUAUAAUUAUUAUUAUUAAAGGACCCCAAGACAUUCUUAAUUUGUUAAUACUUCUUCUUUUUUUUUCUUUUUUUUUUUUUUUUCACACAGUCUCUGACAAUCUGCUUGCUCAAAACAUGUAAGUGAUGUUUUGGUAACAUGUUAAUGAUAUUUUGGUAACAUAACAUGUAAGUACUGUUUUGGUAACAUAACAUGUUAAUUAUAUUUUGGUAACAUGUUAAUGAUAUUUUGGUAACAUAACAUGUUAAUGAUAUUUUGGUAACAUGUUAAUGAUAUUUUGGUAGCAUAACAUGUUAGUGAUGUUUUGGCGACAUAGCAUGUUAAUGAUGUUUUGGUAACAUAACAUGUUAAUGAUAUUUUGGUAACAUGUUAAUGAUAUCUUGGUAACAUAACAUGUUAGUGAUGUUUUGGUGACAUAGCAUGUUAAUGAUAUUUUGGUAAAAUGUUAAUGAUAUUUUGGUAAUAUAACAUGUUAGUGAUGUUUUGGUGACUUAACAUGUUAAUGAUAUUUUGGUAACAUGUUAAUGAUAUUUUGGUAACAUAGCAUGUUAGUGAUGUUUUGGUAGCGUAACAUGUUAAUGAUAUUUUGGUAACAUAACAUGUUAGUGAUGUUUUGGUGACUUAACAUGUUAAUGCUAUUUUGGUAACAUGUUAAUGAUAUUUUGGUAACAUAACAUGUUAGUGAUGUUUUGGUAGCGUAACAUGUUAGUGAUGUUUUGGUGACAUAACAUGUUAGUGAUGUUUUGGUGACAUAACAUGUUAAUGAUAUUUUGGUAACAUAACACGUUAGUGAUGUUUUGGUAACAUAACAUGUUAGUGAUGUUUUGGUGACAUAACAUGUUAGUGAUGUUUUGGUGACAUGUAGUGAUACUAUUUUGUCACGUUACUUUCAUACUUCCGUUGCAGUUGAUACAUCUGUGAGUAUUCUACAUACUUGUA